CACUCCUCCAGCCUCCUCCUCCUCUCUUCUCCAGCUUGCCAGACGCCUCAGUUUGAGUUCACUAUAUUCGACUUGCUUGGCUACCUCUCUGUUUAGGUCUCUCCCUUGUGUCUCUCUCUUUUCUUCCUCUCCGAAACGCAAGCAUGAAGUUAGCGCGGUGUCUUGUGCUUGUCGGUGUUUUAGGCCUAUGUGUGGCUGAUCCGCAGACUUACCUUCCUCCUGUUAACGGAUUCAACGGGAAUAGCAACGGAGCUCCCAUUCGAACCACCAAUGGCAAUGGGAAUGGAGGAAAUGGUUUCGCCACAAAUGGUAAUGGUAAUGGCGUGAAUGGCGCAAACGGUGGCAGUCUGAAUGGCAAUGGAUACACCAAUGGCAACGGAGCUAAUGGUAAUGGCGCCACCGUAAAUGGCAAUGUUAAUGGCGUGAACGGCAACGGCAACGGAUAUUCUUAUAGCAAUGGCAAUGGUCUCAAUGGCAACGCUAACGGUAAUGGUCUUAACGGCAAUGGCAAUGGAGUAACAAGCAAUGGCAAUGGCGUAAAUGGUAAUGGCAAUGGAUAUUCUUAUGGGAACGGUGGCAAUGGCAAUGGAGUAAAUGGCAAUGGGAAUGGUGUUACUAGCAAUGGAUAUUCCAAUGGCAACGGAAACGGCCUUACUGCUAACGGAAAUGGCGCCGUCAACGGCAAUGGCAAUGGGUAUUCCUACGGUAACGGCAAUGGCGUUAAUGGCAACGGUGCCAGCAGCAAUGGCGUUAAUGGCAACGGUGCCAGCAGCAAUGGUGUUAAUGGCAACGGUGCCAGCAGCAAUGGCAACGGAUACUCCUACACCAAUGGCAACGGCGUCAACGGCAACGGAGUUAAUGGUAACGGUGCCAGCAGCAAUGGUGUUAAUGGUAAUGGCGUCAGCAGCAACGGUCUUAACGGCAACGGCGCUAGCGGCAAUGGCAACGGAUAUUCCUACACCAAUGGCAACGGCGUCAACGGCAACGGCGUCAACGGCAACGGCGUCAACGGCAACGGCGUCAACGGCAACGGUGUCAACGGUAACGGCGCCAAUGGUAACGGUGUUACUAGCAAUGGCAUUAAUGGCAACGGCGUAAACGGCAACGGUUACUCUUACACAAACGGCAACAGUAAUGGUAUUAACGGCAAUGGGAAUGGUGCUCGUGUCAAUGGCAAUGGUGUUAAUGGGAAUGGAUACACCAAUGGCUUUACGAACGGCAACGGUAAUGGAAAUGCAGCCAACGGCAAUGGCUUCAUCAACGGAGACAUAACUCGCGCCAACGGGAAUGGUCUGGUGGAAGGCUUCAACGGUGACCCCAUCGAGGCCCUGAGCGAGGCGAUCGGCGGCGGCGGAGUGCCUGGCGUGGACUACCCGAUCCUGGCCGAGGUGCCCGACACUGGCUUCACCUGCGACAACCUCAUCCCUGGCUACUACGCCGACACUGCCCCCGAGGCCGGCUGUCAGGUGUUCCACAUUUGCCAAGACGAAGGGAGACUGGACUCCUUCCUGUGUCCCAACGGCACCGUGUUCAACCAGCAGUACUUCGUGUGUGACUGGUGGUACAACUUCGACUGCUCCACAGCCCCGGACUUCUACGACCUCAACGCCAACAUCGGAGUCACCAAUGGUGCUGUCAACGGUGACGGCCUUAUCAACGGCAACGGGAAUGGUAAUGGUAUUGGACGCGCUAAUGGUAAUGGUCUGACCAAUGGCAAUGGUUAUAGUAACGGCAUCAGCGGCAAUGGAAAUGGCGUCAAUGGUAAUGGAAUUGGCAUCAGUGGCAAUGGCAAUGGCAAUGGCAAUGGUUAUUCUUAUAGCAACGGAAACGGCAUCAAUGGCAAUGGAAAUGGUGCCGUUGCCAAUGGAAAUGUCAAUGGCAAUGGAUACACUAAUGGCAACGGAAAUGGUGCCCCUGUUACUGGAAAUGGCAACGGGUACACUAAUGGCAACGGAAAUGGUGCCCCUGUUACUGGAAAUGGCAACGGGUACACUAAUGGCAACGGAAAUGGUGUCCCUGUUACUGGAAAUGGCAACGGGUACACUAAUGGCAACGGAAAUGGUGCCCCUGUUACUGGAAAUGGCAACGGGUACACUAAUGGCAACGGAAAUGGUGCCCCUGUUACUGGAAAUGGCAACGGGUACACUAAUGGCAACGGCAAUGGUGCCCCUGUUACUGGAAAUGGCAACGGGUACACUAAUGGCAACGGAAAUGGUGCCCCUGUUACUGGAAAUGGCAACGGGUACACUAAUGGCAACGGCAAUGGUGCCACUGUUAAUGGAAACGGGGCUGUAAAUGGUGUCACAAAUGGAGCCAAUGGAAAUGGCGCUAGAGCCAAUGGAAAUGGAAUUAACGGAAAUGGAGGCAAUGUUAAUGGCAAUGGAUAUUCAUACCCCAACAGGAAUGGUCUCAACGGAAACGGUAAUGGUAAUGGCAACAAAAUUACAGGUCUUUACCAGACUCCUGUUGUCUAAGUGAUUUAUCCUUUCUCUCUCUCUCUCUCUCUCUCUCUCUCUCUCUCUCUCUCUCUCUCUCUCUCUCUCUCUCUCUCUCUCUCUCUCUCUCUCUUUCUCUCUGCUUUCACUAGACAAUUCGUGCAAACCUGUGCCUUGGUGCUCAUGUUUUCAGAAUUAUUAGUAGCUACGACUCGAGUAUUUAGUUCGCAAGGUGCCAUAAAUACAAACAUGUAUACCCACUCAUUUACCGAUUACUAUACUCGAACAUUUAAAUGUAUCCUUAUAUUAGAACAAUAAAACACCUGUGCCUAAUGA